CAUUCAUGCACACGUCUAUAAAUACAUGUCCAUUAAGCCAUUACCAGCACGAUUAUGAGCAUUGAGCAAGAUCGCACACAAAGACCACAAAGAGAUGGGGUUACAUUCUUCCACGCGUGCCUGUGUAGCUUUGGCGCUACUACUUUGCUUUUGCACGGUGUCACUGGGGGCGCAUGGAGGAUCGCGUAGCAGGCUUUAUAUCGUAUACCUAGGAGAUGUGAGACAUGGACACCCCGACGAGGUCAUUGCUUCGCACCAUGAUCUACUCGCCACUGUUCUCGGAAGCAAGGAAGAUUCUCUGGCUUCCAUGACCCACAACUACAAGCACGGCUUCUCAGGCUUCGCUGCAAUGCUUACUGAAGAUCAAGCUGAACAGCUUGCAGAGCUUCCGGAAGUCAUUAGUGUCCAACCUAGCAGAACCUUCACUGCUGCCACCACUCGUAGCUGGGACUUCCUUGGUCUCAACUACCAGAUGCCUAGUGAGCUGCUCCGUAAAAGCAACCAAGGGGAGGAUAUAAUCAUCGGGGUUAUUGACAGCGGUAUCUGGCCGGAGUCGAGAAGCUUCAGCGACGAAGGGUAUGGCCCGGUGCCGUCACGGUGGAAAGGCGAGUGCCAAGUCGGACAGGGCUGGAACAGCAGCCACUGUAACCGCAAGAUCAUCGGCGCGCGCUUCUACAGCGCCGGAUUGCCCGAAGAGAUCCUAAACACCGACUACCUGUCUCCUCGGGACGUCAAUGGCCACGGCACGCACACGGCCUCCACGUCGGCUGGUUCGGUCGUUGAGGCGGCCAGCUUCCACGGCCUCGCCGCCGGCGCGGCGCGUGGCGGCGCGCCCCGCGCCCGCAUUGCCGUGUACAAGUCCCUCUGGGGUGUAGGCACGUAUGGCACCAGUGCAGGCGUGCUCGCCGCAAUCGACGACGCGAUACACGACGGGGUUGACGUGCUCUCGCUGUCGCUGGCUCAUCCCCAGGAGAAUUCGUUUGGUGCCCUGCACGCGGUUCAGAAGGGGAUCACCGUCGUGUAUGCGGCCGGCAACAGCGGGCCGACCCCGCAGACGGUUGCGAACACGGCUCCGUGGGUCAUCACUGUAGCUGCGAGUAAGAUUGAUCGGUCGUUUCCAACCGUGAUCACGCUGGGAAACAAGCAACAGAUCGUGGGACAAUCCCUGUACUACCAUGGGAAUAACUCGUCGGGAAGCACUUUCAAACCUCUUGCAUAUGGAGACUUAUGCACCGUCGAUUCUUUGAACGGCACGGACGUGAGAGGCAAGGUUGUGAUCUGUGCAUCCAGCAUUGUAUCACAGCUUGCGCCUUUGUCGGUGGCGUCAAAAAAUGUCGUGAACGCUGGAGGCUCUGGUCUCAUCUAUGCUCAAUACACCAAGGACAACACCGAUUCCACAGCUGAAUGCGGAGGCAUUGCAUGUGUUCUCGUGGACAUGACAAGUAUCUAUCAAAUCGACAAAUACAUGGGCGAUGCAAGCUCUCCUGUGGCCAAGAUCGAGCCAGCGCGCAGCAUUACCGGUAACGAGUUUUCCCCAACCAUCGCAGAGUUUUCCUCAAGAGGUCCAUCCAUCGAGUACCCUGAAGUAAUCAAGCCUGACAUAGCUGCACCUGGAGCCAGCAUCUUAGCAGCUGAAAAAGAUGCAUAUGUAUUCAAAUCUGGGACAUCAAUGGCUACGCCACACGUAGCUGGCAUCAUCGCCCUGCUGAAAUCUCUACAUCCACAAUGGUCCCCUGCUGCACUGAAAUCAGCUAUCAUCACCACAGCGUCUGUAACCGACGAGCAUGGCAUGCCGAUACUGGCUGAAGGGUUGCCUCGGAAGAUUGCUGACCCAUUUGACUACGGAGGUGGAAACAUUAACCCUAACAAGGCAGCUGAUCCUGGCUUGAUUUAUGACAUUAAUCCAAGCGAUUACAACAAGUUCUUUGGCUGUGCUAUCAAUAAGACAUACAUAAGAUGCAAUGAAACUUCAGUGCCAGGGUACCACCUGAACCUACCAUCCAUCUCCAUUCCAAAUCUGAGGCGACCGAUUACCGUAUCAAGGACGGUCACAAACGUUGGUGAGGUCGACGCAGUUUACCAUGCCGCAAUCCAGAGCCCAGCUGGAGUCAAAAUGGAUGUUGAACCUUCCGUCCUCGUGUUCAAUUCUACAAACAAAGUUCACACAUUUCAGGUGAAAUUAUCACCUAUGUGGAAGCUACAGGGAGACUACACAUUUGGCAGCCUUACUUGGUACAAGGGCCAAAAGACAGUUCGGAUUCCAAUAGCUGCCCGGACCACACUCCAUGAUUUUUAUGCUGAUGUUGCAUAAUUGGGUUGGAACAGAUGGCUGUCUUAUAUCAUUGUUUUCCUUUUAUAGUAUUCUUUGCAACGGUAUAGAAGAAUAAGCAGUGCAAGUUGCAGUAUGGCCUCAUCUGUAUAUUUGUCUUAUCGACAUUAGCAGAACAGCUAGCGUUAUUGAGCUACAAAAUUUGAAUAAAGCUUUAUACAACUAUGUCAAAAUA